CAUCUGUGACAGACCAUAAGAAACUUUACUUGUAAACCGCCACGCCACACCACUUUCUAUCCGGUCCUCUGUGUUUUAAAAUACACGAUUGGAUACAAAACUGGUCGACCGACAUCCAGAGAACUUUUCAUUCAGGAUAUUUUUAGUAAAAAAAUUCUCAAUAAUAUGGGAAAAGAAAAUAUCUGUUUUUUAACAGUUUGGAUAAUUUUGGGAAAAAUCUUUGCAACUUUUUCUUCUGACCCUGAACCCACCACCACUGUGUUUGUAAACACCACAGUCACUGCUACUCCCCUGCUAACUACUGCUGAAUGGAUCACAGACUACACUGACAUUGUGUCCAAGUUCUCCCUGCGCACAGGGGACAUCCCAGAUGAUGACAUGUGCUACAUUGUGGCCGGCAGGCCAGAAACCAUCAAGGAGUGCGAAUUCAACUCAGAAACACAGACCUUCAUUGUGAUACAUGGCUGGACGGUAACAGGGAUGUUCGAGAGCUGGGUGCCCAAGCUGGUGUCUGCUCUCUACGAGCGUGAGCCCAGCGCCAAUGUGAUCGUGGUGGACUGGCUGACCCGCGCCAACCAGCACUACCCGACCUCUGCAGCCUACACCAAACUAGUGGGCCGCGACGUCGCCAAGUUUGUUACUUGGAUACAAAAAGAGCUGCAGUUGCCCUGGGAGAGGAUUCAUCUGCUGGGUUACAGUCUGGGAGCACAUGUGGCUGGAAUCGCUGGAGACCUCACUGAUCAUAAAAUCAGCAGGAUCACAGGUCUGGAUCCUGCUGGUCCCACUUUCGAGCAUGCGGACAACCAGGACACUCUGUCCAAAGACGACGCCCAGUUUGUGGACGUCCUGCACACCAACACCAGGGGCUCCCCGGACCGCAGCAUCGGCAUCCAGAGACCCGUGGGCCACAUCGACAUUUACCCCAAUGGAGGCACUUUCCAGCCGGGCUGCGACAUCCAGAAUACAUUGCUGGGUAUCGCAUUAGAAGGCAUCAAGGGACUCCAAAAUAUGGACCAGCUCGUCAAAUGUUCCCACGAGCGCUCCAUCCACCUGUUCAUCGACUCUCUGCUGAACACUCAGCAGCAGAGCAUGGCCUACCGCUGCAACUCCAAAGAGGCCUUUAACAAGGGUCUGUGCCUCAGCUGCAGAAAGAACCGCUGCAACAAGCUUGGCUACAACAUCAACAAGGUCCGCAGGGCCCGCAGCACCAAGAUGUACCUCAAGACCCGUGAAAUGAUGCCUUACAAAGUUUUCCACUAUCAAGUGAAGGUGCAUUUCUUCAGCAAGGACCAACUGAGCUUCACGGAGCAGCCAAUGAAGAUUUCUUUGUAUGGAACCCAAGGAGAGAAGGAGGACAUUUCCUUCGUCCUGCCGGUCCUGAACGGUAACACCACUUUGUCCUUCCUCAUCACCACCGAUGUGGACAUUGGAGACCUGAUGAUUGUGAAGCUGCGCUGGGAGAAGGAUGCAAUCAUCAGCUGGUCAGACUGGUGGGGCAGCAGCAAGUUCCACAUCCGCAAACUGCGCAUCAAGUCUGGGGAGACCCAGUCCAAGGUGAUCUUCAGUGCCAAGGAAGGAGAGUUUGUCGACCUCGUCAGGGGAGGAGAAUAUGGAGUCUUUGUCAAGUCAAAAGAAGACAACAUGAGCCGUAAAGAGAAAUUGAUGCACAAGCUGAGAAUGCAGGGCAGUCUUUUUGGCCAGAACAGCGCUUGAAGUUGCACACACGAACACCCGCCCAUCAUGCACAUCAGCCAUCUAUACAUACAUAGCCAAAGACAGACAGCACACAGCAACACUGGGAGAGCCUUUGCAAGUACCUGGACAUUUACUGAAUGCUGCGUUUUUCUGAUUUUCUUCCUGUUGUGCCUCAUGACUUCAGCUCUCAGUGCAACCAACACAACCUCCUCCACAGUGCUGGAAAUCUACACGUGAGCUCUCUCCUGUCUCUCCUCAAAUUCUGCUACUGAAAAAUGUUACAGGUUUCUUUGUGAUGAUGUGCUCACAUUUGACAAAUUUACACCUUCAGUAGCUUUUGCUGCAUAUCCUUGUAAUCAUUUGUUUAUGCUUUUGUAGCCUAUAUGUACUGCUAAUACUGACUUUGAUGUAUUUUGAACCCCUGAACUGGUGUGUUUUCUUUGCCUAUGUGAACUUGGAUUAUUGUAACUGUAUAAAUGAUUCAGAGUGAAAGGCAUAAUUUAGGCACAUCUUUUUGUUUUGUUUUUAAAUUUUUUAAAUGUGCAAAGUAAUCAUUUUGUCCCUAAAGUUUGUCUUUACCUAACCUCUAUUUGCUAACAAUCAACAGGGACCAAAGAAGUAUUUACUAUCUACUGAAUGCAGAAUCACAACGGUCUUUGUAAAUACUUUUUUUAAUCAGUAUUAUACUGUAUAUAUAUAUUUUGAAUAUGAGUUAUGUGUUAUAUAUAUCUGAUCUCUUGAAGCGUUUCUUGUUCUUUGAUUGCGUUAUUGUUUCACUGGUCACUUUAAAAGGCUCUCUGUCCCCUGCAGCCACUUAGAUGUUAAGGUCACUGAGAUUGCGGUCCAACAGAGAUAUGCAUUUUUUAGUUUUGGUAAUUUUUUCAUGAAAUUGAACUGAGGCCACUUUUUUAAAUGUUCCAGUAAUGGCUAGGUGCUCCUCAAUUACUUCAUGAAUGGGUUAACAGUGUCUCAUCUGCAACGGUUUACCUCACUGAGUAAGCUCAGUCUACAACGUGCCCUUAAUUUGAAAGGUCAAACAUUGCAGAAUUGCUGAAAAUAAACAUAAGCAAGCCUUGGUAAUAUGUGAUGGACUGGCCUAUAUGAUAGCCAUAAUACAUCUCAAGAAUACUUCAUAUUGUAUUUAUUGAAUGUACAUUCAUAUAUUUGUAUAUUAAGCUGUAAUAUAUUUUGGCAGGCUUCCAUUGUCAUCUGUAUUUUUAUAAAUGAAGCGUUUUGUGAUUUUAUGCACAAGGCUUUGGAAAGAUCGAUCAAAUUGGUCUCCAUGCCAGCUGUUCAGUGCAUUUACUUUUAUGAACUGAUAUGCAGUGCACUGUAUAAAUGAAGAGCCCAGGAUGGUUUAAUAAAGAGAUAAAUCACAUAUUUCAAUA